AUGCGCCCGCGCCACCGAGCGUUCCUUUUCCUUCUCUUUUCUAUUCUACAACAUCACGCCGUUGAAGCGUCAUACUGUGGUGCGAAUGGGGUGCCGUACAGUUUAGAGAUCCUGUCGGACGGUAUGUUUGCACACAAACUGACACAAUAGCCGUUUAUCUCCUGACCGAAUAUCUUUUGAAGGUUCACCAGUGUUGGGGUGCGCUCAGCCAACUUGUAUGGCUGAACCAUCGGAAGAUUAUGAGGAUAGCACUUUUAUUGCGAAUUCUGCCGGACAAGAGGAUGGAUUUUUCCGGGAAGGUGAUCGACAGAGAAGGAGCUACUCGCAGAGCUAUAAGCCAAAAGCGGUAAGUUUGCGUUAUACUACAGUAACCUGUUUUCACAGUUCACACACACUUAUUUGCUCAAAGUGCUCAAUUUUCACUCUAAACCUCAAAUUUACUCUUUUGGUCAAAAAAUUUUAGUAACUGAUUGGCAAAACAAGUUCUUCCAAACUUUUGAAAUAAGUGUUGAGAAAAUAACAGUUCUAAAUGUGUUUCAAGAUAGCAGACAUUGUUCUCCUUGACGUUUUAGUAAACCCCAAUAGUUCCCCUUCAAAAUUUUCAUAUCCAUACUGACCCAGUGAUUACCCCUUCACUUUCCUUCCUUAUCAUUCGCUCUCUGCUUCCCUUUCUUCUCCCACGUCUCCUCCGUCUCCCGUUGUUGCCAGCUAAUCAAGAUGGUGGGGCUAUUCUAUCUAUUCAUGAGGCAAAAAGCGGCGGCUAACUAACUACUUCCCUCAUUGUCUUCCUCUUGCUUUGCUUGCGGCUUAGCGGGGAGCGCGUGGGCGAGCGAACACAGUAAAGGGACAUGAACAAGUGAAAACACUUGCAAUAAAAACACGACAACCAACUGUCUCAUUAGCUUCAAUCUCUAUCGCCGUCUUCGCUCAAACUCAAUUGUGUCCCUCGCUUGAGGAGAAGGGGUCGGGAACGGUUUGAUGAUGAUCUUGCAAUUUUGAAAAGACAAGAAAGGGAGAGGAGGAAACAGAAAGAAAACUUCAUUUGCUAACUAGGAUUGAGAUUGACUGAUGGUUUUGAUCUUUUGAAUUCGUCUAGCCUUUCCUUCUUCUAAAAUGUUCUGCAACUCAUAAGAAGAUUUUGGUCUAAACCCCUUCCCCCUCGUCUUCAGAAAAGACGAUUAUCGGAUUAACUUUGUCUUUUUUACGGUUCUCAGACGAUCGAACACCAUGAUUUCGGAAUCAUGCAAAGUUGCAUUUGUUCCAAUCGCAAAAAGUUGCCAUCCAUCCAAUUUCAAUCUUCCGACAUGCUAGUGUAUUAUUAUUAUAAGUAAAUGGAUUCGAUGAUGGAUGAAAAAGCUAUUUGUACGUGUGUCCCGCCAACUGUAGUACUUCCUCUCCCUUUCUCGAGGGAGGCAGAAGCUAAAUUGACGUAACAACCAAUUUUAAGUUUCAUUUUGACAACUAGUUGACGCGUUUUAGGCGCCCGGCGUCUAAUUGUUAGCUUCCGUUCGUCACUGUAAGGAGUAGAGAGAGAGAGAGAGAGAGAAGACGUCGACAAAUAUGUCACGCUUCUUCAAUAUUACGACGCUCGCACACAGGACAAGCCCUCCCCUCCUCUUCCAACCACAAUGCAAAGCCAAAUGCAAAGCAAACAUGACGAACAGCGUCCAUCCAAUUGUCAUCUCCAACAUCCAACCAAUUGGUGAAUGAAAAAGCGGCAGGGAGGGAAAAAGAGGUGGGAUAGGAUAUGGAUAAGUCCAAGUCUAUUCUUGUUUUUACGUAAUCCCCCUCUCCCCCUUGUUCAUUCACACCAUCGGUGACUCAUGAGAAGACGUGAAAGUAAUAGAAACCAACCAUACUUGUUACUUAGUUAGUCAGUUACACUGUUGAGGGAGGUGUUACCUAAUUAGACAGGGAUACAGACUACUUGAAGUUGUCAAGUAGGAGGGAGAGAAGAAAAACAGAAAAUAAGGAAAAAAUACAGAUUUGAAGGUGUGGGAUCUUUGAAUACUUUGGAGUUCUGUGGCAUUUUUUUAGUAAGUGUUAUGAAUCAGUGGAGCCGUCUUCAUGUAUCACAACAAACAAACAUUGUCCAUGUCCACUUUACGUCUUUUUGUUCAGUUCCUGUCCAUAUAUCCAAUCCAAAAUAAGAAAAGCGUUCUGUUGUAUCCUUUCUUCCGUUGCCCUAAUAGAACACGGGGAGUAGAAAAAGAAGAAACACAUCUUUCCGUCCCGCAAAACCCAUUGGAAGAAGAUAAGAUCAAUCGCGUAUCACGUUUAUUCGAUUAGGUCAUUUCUUUUCUUUUCUCCCAUCUUUUUUGGUCAAAUUCAUUCGAAGAACGGAAUGAAGGAGAAGGAAGAAAUGUUCUGAUCGAUUCCUUAAUUGGAAUAGAAUUGAAAUGAAACGUGAUGAGUGAAAAACGAAGAUUUGGAUAAUAGCCAUGGACACGUUUUUUUCAGGAAUGUCCCGGUUCGUUUUCGGACUUUGCGUGCACGAAGAAGAACCAGUGGGUCGGUGGAAUCGAUUUCAUCGAUCAUCCAAGACAACCGUAAGCAUCUAGUCUCAAACCCAAGUGAUAAUAACGGCUAGGAAGCAAUGAUCACGAUCAAAAGAAUCCAAUGAUUAUAAUUUAUGUGUUGCCGAUUGCGGUAUUUCAAAUUGAAGUACUGUGAAGCAUCCGAAAGUCGGAAAAGGUACAUCAGGUCAUUUACAGUUCUUACGGUAGACUGACGAAAGUCAUAUUUUAAAAGCUGCUAUCCAAUUAGUUGUCCUUCUCUUAAUAAUUCUCGUCCUAGAAGAUAAAUCAGUGCACUUUAAAGUCGAACUGCAAAUUGGAAUCGGAAAACCAGAAACAUUCAUAAAUUUUCUUGAAAUGUCAUGUCAAAUCACAUUGCAUCUCAUUUUCACAUUACAGUUUGAUUCUUCAAUGCUGCACAUUUGAAGGACUCCGCUUUUCACAGGAUGUCGGUGUGACCACCAUCUCAGCAGGUACUAACUACUAUUACCCUUUUCCACAUUCUCCCCCCGCACCCGACUUGAUUUAUGGAACACUCUCAUCACUUUUUUUCAGGAGAAGCCGUCACCGGCGGAGAAGUGGUUCGUGAAGGACGCCAAAUUUCGUUUGAUGUUAUCGCCAACGUCCGUAAGCUGGUGGACCCAGACGAUCCGAAACGGUAUUCGCGUUUUAUCAUCUUUCUUGAAAUGAUGAAAAUGGGUUCUUGAUGAUAGAAAAGAGGUGAAGGAAGCUGAUAACAUUUUACGCCUCCCCGGGCUUUACGGAGGUUUUAUUGGUUCCUCUUCCUUCUCGGGAUGCGGGAAGUAGAGAAGAACAUUUUCCGUAUCACUUUUUCUUGAAAAGCGCGAUGUGUACAUAGCACCGUAGCAUAACAAGUGUGUGGAAUGCAAGAAAUACAUAGAACACGACAAUAAUCUACGAUUUGAUUUCCAGUGGAGCGAUAAUAUCUGCAUCUCUCGCUCGCAUCUUCUGAACUUUUUCUUUCUCAAAAAAGCGUUUGGAAUCUGGAAAAAAACCGGGCACUAGAUACAUACAAACAGACACACUUGACUGAUUUCGGCAGAAUGAUAAUAUAUGGAAUAAUAUUCAUUAUUGAUAAGGAGAUCAUCAAUGAAAAGGUGCGAUCGACGAAGCGUUGACAGGGACAGAAGCCGGCUUGAUUGCGCUGUAUGUUUUCGGAGGGGACAUUAUAAUUACAUAUUUUUAUCGUUGUUUUUGAUAACGUUUGUCAACGCCUAGAAAUUCUUCGUCAAAUUCCGCAAAUUUUGGAAUGAUAGAGCGCAGUUAAAGGGUGCCAGCUGAAUUAUAGGGGUUUUUCUUUGAACAGAACUGAAAACAUUAGUAAUGAGCUUUCUGAUACUGUACCCAUACGAAAAAACCACAAAGCCAUUGACAACAACAAAAAAUGUUUACAGAACCUACUACGAAGUUACCGUCCGUCGAAUGAACUGUCUGCCAGACCCUCCAGAGUUUGAAGUAGCAUGUUAGUUAUCAAUAAUAAUUGUAUCAUUUCAAGUCCACAUAUUUUCAGAUGAUGACGACGUGGAACCAGAAAUCAGAAGAGUGCUUGGUAAUGCUACCAAUUCGGCCAUGAACUUUGGACAUGAAGGUCAUCCACACAUAGCUCAAGAGAAGAAAGUUUCGAAAAGACCAUACAAGAGAAAGCCAAAGACUUCUUCUACUCACAAGUAAAAUAUCAUUUUUUUUUGUGAAUGAUUCUUUUAAAAAUUGAACAUUUUUAGUGUUGUAUCUCCAUUUGCCGGCGUUCAUGAAGAUGGCGAAAAGAAGGGAAGAUCCGAGCCGUUUAUCGGAAGUUUCGGCGCGCCAAUCUUUAAGUAACAUUUGUUUUUUAAAAGAUAUAUUUGACUAUAAUUUUCCAGCCCGACCGCUGAAAACAAUAGCAAUAACAAUCGUGAGGAAGAGACGACAGCUGUCCCACUAACUCGCAACACUGUCCCGUACACCAGACGCAUUCUGACGCCAAAACCAAGAGUUAUUCAUACAACCACACAAGCGCCAACAACUAUCGCUCCUCCAGUACAAGUCCAGGUAAUCUUUUGACUUUUUGAUCGGAUUCCUAUCAUUAGAAAUCAGCUAAGAGAGGCGUGCGUCACUCACAUAAUGUUUAUGUUUCAUUUCCGUUCGAAUCGUUUUUAUCUUCUUCUGAUAAUGAGGCAAACAUGCAACAACAACACGUUUUUAGUGAUAAAACCAGAAAUGCGGAUGUUAAGAAAUGAACAACCAACCUUUGACUGGAAUUGAUAGAAAACCUUUAAAGUAUUGAAAUAAUUUGACUACAAAAGAUAAUUUAAUUGCAGGUUCAACCGAUGCCCCAAGUAACAGCUCCUCCAAAUCCAUUCGCGUUCGCCCCUCUUCCUCCAUUCCCUCAAUUCAUUUUGCCUCAACCGAACCUCUUCCAAUUCCCAGCUCCACCAUCACCACCACCUCCGCCACCAGCUCCACACAUGUUUGGAGUUCCCCAGGCACCUCAUCUGACUCCCCUCCAACCAUACAAUCAUCAACCAUUCGGCCUGUUCCCUCCACCACCACCACCACAGCCUCCAGCGUAUGGCGGAUACGGACUUAAUGCGGCCCCACAACCAGCACCAGUCUACGGGCUUCAAGGAGUUCAAAAUGUGCAGCCAGGAGAGUUGAAUAACUUGGACGUCUAUACGAGAUCACUGCUGACCAACCCGAACAGUCCGUUUGCUCUUCAAAUGCCACAGUUUGUUGCACCACCUGCUCCGCAGUUCUUCGCGCCACCACAACAACAACAACAACUGACGUUUGAACAGAAUCGGAAGGUAAUUUGUUUUGAAAGUUAUUUGGCAAUUUGAACUAUUACUUUGAAAUCCGCUUUUGUUCUCAAAAUAUGCUGAAAGAAACCAAAUAAAAUGCUCAGUUAGGAAACAUUAUUAAAACUGAUUUUAACUUUUCAGCAAUCGUUCCAAAGAGUGAACAUCCAAGCUCCACAACGAGAAAACAUAAAUGGAGGGCAACAACCCACGCAAUUCAACCUCCAACCUCAAGCAGAUCCAAAUCAAACUCCAAGACAAGACACCCUCGGAGCCCUCUACAGGCCUCCACCAUUCGCCGCUUUGGGAACAACGUUGUACAACUUCCAGACGCACAAUGGUUAG